AUGGCCCCAACUAUUAUACAGUGGAUCCUUGAUACUCGGAAUUUGUAUCCAGAAGCCACCGAAACCAAGCAGCUCGAGCAAGUAGCAUCCCGGGCCCUUGCUCUUCUCAACGCCGAUGAGCGCAAGGCCGUACUGAAGUACUACCACGUUCGGGACGCAAAGCUGUCACUGGGCUCGCACCUCCUGAAACGCUACGUCAUCAGUCGUUUCUGCGGUGUUCCCUGGUCCUCGGCCACCGCCGUCCGCGACGAGCGAACCAAACCCGUCUUCCGUGCCGCUGACGGCUCCACCCCGCUGAGUUUCAAUGUGAGCCACCAGGCCGGUCUUGUCGCGCUCAUUGCGGUCCACGGCUAUGACCCGCUCAACGGCCCCGUAGAUGCCGGCGUCGACGUAGUGUGCACCUCGGAGCGCCGGACGAGAGACCACGGGAUGCUUAGAAACGAGGGCUGGCCUCGUUUCGUAGACUUGCAUGCUGACGUUCUAUCGCCAGCUGAGACAAACUUUCUCAAAUGGCAGGUCCUUUCGGCUAUUCCGCCUGGUUUGAAACCAGGAGCGUCGUUAGAGGAUGCCGCAGACUUCAAGCUGCGAUGUUUCUACGCUCUAUGGUGCUUGAGGGAGGCGUACGUUAAGAUGACAGGCGAAGCGCUCCUUGCACCGUGGCUCGCAGAUCUGCAAUUUAAGAAGUUUCGGCCACCGACCCCAGCAGAGAAGUUUGAGGACAUUGGCGAGGCGGUCACAGAUCAUGAAAUUCUCUUCAAGGGUUCCAAGGUUGAUGAUGCGAAUGUAUGUCUGAGAGCACUAGGCCCGGAUUAUAUGACUUGUACAGCAGUGCGGACUCCGCAGCGUAAAGAAGACGGGCUGGCAUUUGAGAUGGGACCAUUUACCAUGCUUUCUUUAGAAGAAGUGCUGAAUUUCGGAGAGUCUCAUUCCAAUUCGGGAUAA